UGGAUAUAAACAAACUAUAUAAAAUUAUAUAUAACGACUAUAAACACGUAGCGCUAAGGAUUAUGAUUUAACCCUGAGCUGAUGCCACCGGUGAUUCACUCGCGGUGUUUACCAAGAAGCGAUGGACCCGAAGGACCUGCAACAGCUCGAACUGUUCUGCCAGUCACUCUAUGGCGGACAGCCCGCGCAACAAAAUGAAGCUCAUGAGGUUCUGAUGCCACUGCUACGCGAUGUGCAGAAAAUACCGCUGCUGCGUGACAUCCUUGCCCAAAGCACUAAUCUACAGGCUCUACUCUUUGCAUCAUCGGGACUCGUAACAGUAAUAACAAACAACUGGUCACACGUACCGGAUGCACAGAAAAUUGAGCUAAGAGAGUUUUUGCUGAACUACAUAUACAACCGCGGGCCUGAAAUGCUAAAAUGUGCGCCAGAAGUCCUCGGGCAAUUCAUACACCUCUACUGCCGCAUAGUUAAACUAGGAUGGCUAGAAGAGGUGUAUAACCAUCCUGUGGUACAACAUGUAGGACAAUUUCUGGCAGCUACAACACAGCAUUGGAUUAUUGGACUCAGCAUAUACGCUGAUCUCACACAAGAAAUGCAGCCGCAAAUGGGCAAAUUUGUGGCUAAACUUAGAAGAGGUGCUCUGAACUUCAAGGAAACAGUGCUACCCAAAAUAUUUUCGGUCACUGUACAUACACUAGAGCAGUUCCAUAACGGAACAGCACGAGUAGGAGACGCCUUCGAAGAACUUAGGAUGUUACAGCAAAUACUGCAAUUAUGCUACAAUUGCCUGAGCUUUGACUUCUUGGCAACUAUGCCAGAUGAUACUUCAGAAGAACAGAGCACAGUUAUGAUACCACAAAGUUGGGACGUACUGAGGACCGACAAGGUGCCGCGCAUUCUAUUCGAACUGUAUGCGCAAAAUUGGAACAAAAGUGUUGCAUGCGCCGUCCUCUGCCUUAAAUGCCUAGUUGUAGUCGCGGCAUUGCGCAAAUCAUUCUUCAAUUCAGAGGCAGAAGACCUCUCACACAUCAACAGCUUCAUGCUGGGUACAAUGGAAAUAAUCCGAAAUAAAACUGGACUUGCCAACGAUGAGUGCUAUCAUGAAUUGUGUAGGCUUCUUGGUAAAAUAAACGCAUCGAACCAGCUGAGCCAAUUACUACAGAGCUCCGCAUUUCCAAUGUGGAUUGAACAGCUCCAUGGAUUCACCAUGGAAGCAUUAAAGAACUGGCAAUAUAUGCCUAAUAGCAAGCACUACCUGCUGGGAGUAUGGGCACACAUGGUAGUGCCACUUGCCUAUAUGCGAGGCAAAGUCCCAACGGUCCUGGAAUCAAACAUACUACAAAUUACACUUGAAUUCAUUCAGAGCCGUUUGACAAUGGCAGAAAUAGUGGUCAAUGCAAGGGAUGAUCUGGACUUCGACGACCCCUUGGAAGACGAUAUACUGAGGAUGGAACAGGCUGAUCUGUUUAGCCGAUUAUGCAGGUGCCAGUAUCGCGCUGUCUGCAGCCGCAUAAUAGAGUCCUUCCAGGCACUAGAAAAAAUGCCAAAUACACCUAAUUACGCCGCAGUCAAAGAACAAAAGGUGGCGUGGCUAGUGCUACUUGCUGGUGCAAUGUUAAAUGGAUCCAGCUCAUUGCGCCUGACCGGUGAUGAAUCAAAUAUUACGGCAGUGUGCCUCCAGACAAUGAACAUAGAACUAGUGGGACAAGUCUUCCUUAACAUGGCAGCCACUGAUGCCACACCAAAUGAUAACACAAAACUGGAAAUGUCGUAUCUCCAUUUCUUGACCUACUUCAAAAAGUUUUUCGUCAGUGAACAUACCAAAGGAAGCAUAUCAGGCGAUUGCCGAGAAAGGUUCUCUCAAGUCCCCGGGUGUCCCCCAGGGAUGGAUGGUGCUCAAUACCUCCUGAAUCGCCUAGUUGAAAAGGUGUUCUUCAAUUUACAGUGUCGCGUCUCGGACGAAAAUGUUGUUAAAAAGACAUUGGUUUUCUUUGGGGAACUUUCAUCGGGAAUCGAUAUCGUUCAUUACGCUGAUAGAUCACCGCAUCUAGUAGUGUCUGCCAGAUUGAUACUGCAGUGUGAAACGCUUAGGUUCGCACUGGUUAACCAUGCUGACCAAGGAUUCAGGUUUUUGCAUAUUCCGCAAUACGGAAGAUAUCGAACGAUAUACUACAGCAUACUAUUUAAAUUGCUGCUGUUGGAAUUGAGCAACGAUGAGGAAAACGCCGAUAGCGUACCUAAAUUCGAAAGCUUCAUGGAGUAUCACACAAGGGUAAUAGACCAACUGUGGAACCUUAAUCCGCCAAUGCUGGCAUCGCCAGAAUGCAAGCAAACCAUAAUAGGUUUGAUGCGAGACCUAAAAGGUAUAUGCAAAUCAUGUGUAUCCGUGGAGGCAUAUCAAAUGUUCUUCAACUGGAUUGUUAAUGCCCCAAAACAACCUGGUAAAUCUCGAAUUCAUCUUUUCAAACGUAUAGUGGAUGCGUGCUGGUCAGACGUUGACAUCAUGCUGCCGCUAGUCAAGUGCCUGGCGGAAUUACUGGACAAUCGUGGACAUAGAAUAACAUUCGAUAAAACAUCGGCCAAUGGUAUACUGUUGUUCAAAGAAUCUUCCGGAAUAGUGAUGAAUUAUGGAGUUAAGCUGCUCCAGUUGAUACAACAAGCCUCGCCAGGAUCUAGGCUUGUAACAGGAAAUAACGAAACCUAUAAGAGAAUCUACAAGGGUGCUGCUGCUUGCUUACAGGUGCUUGAGCACACAUUAGGUGGCGAAUACGUCAAUUUUGGAGUCUUCGAAAUCUAUGGAGACGCCACCCUGGAUGAUGUUUUAAGGCUAGCAUUCCAGCUAUGUCUGAGCAUUCCAAUUGAGGACCUCCAAGCCUACUCAAAGUCCCUGCAUCCAGUUUAUUCCUUCCUGGAUAUAAGUACAAAACUGUUCAUGCCACAAUUGCUAUCCUUAAGCUCCGACAAUGUGGCUCAUCUGAUCAAUGUAUGCAUGGAUGGACUCUGCUCAUACGAAGCCUCAACAUCGCUCUCGAGCGCAAGCGCUCUGGACAACUUUGUCACACAUGUAUACAGCGAAAGGAAUAGUACUGUUACUGGUGGCACCCCUCAUCCCGCGCGGCUGUUUUUGGAAUCAAAUAUCGGAUGCUUACGCCGUGCGAUGAUUAUGAUCUUCAACCUUCUACUCAGUGGUGAUUCUAACAGUGCCUGGAGCAUCAGCCGCCCUUUGCUAGGACUAAUUCUGCUGAACCAGGCUGAAUUUGCACAACUCCCACAAACACUGGCUGUCAAUAUGUCAGAAGAGAAACAAACAAAGCUGCAGCAUUGCUUCGUAGCACUGAUGAACGGCAUCGAUAACACCCUGUCACACCAAAAUAAGGACACAUUCACCAAAAAUGUCUACAUUUUUUCACAAGAAGCACGACUAUCAUUCGUCUAAAACUCUGACAGCUUGA